AUGGUUCCCGGUACUAUGGAACCUGCAGGUCGGCUCAUUUUCUCGGAUAGACACUUGAAUGCUCAAAUCCUCAAGCCGAUUAUCCGCGCUUAUGCUUUGGGAUAUCUCUCCUCCGUUACGCCCAAACUCAUCACAUUUGCCCGAAGAUUGGGAAGCAAGAAUGUUUCCAUGAAGCAGAAGCUGCAGGAGCUUGCGCAGACUCUGGCUGGGCCUCUGCGCCUGAACAAUUUUCCAACAUUCUGUGGACUCUUAGUGGGGGGAUCAACCAUCCUUCCGGUUUUCUUGUAUCGGAUAUGCGCAUGGACUGUAGCCGCCUCCAAGGGGAACAUUCGGAUAUCCCAACGAGGCCAACAACUCCUUCAAUUCGCCACCGCCUUCCUAUCUGCAUGGUUCAGUUUUCAAUUGCUAAACAAAAACCGUGCAAUCUCACGACAGGAUGUCAGGGCUCGGAAAAUCUCUUCCAGUCAAGAUGACUCUAGCAAUACCCCGACCAAUACUCUUGGGCGUCCCCAUCUGGAGUUGGUCGGGAGGACGAUGGACCUGACUCUUUUCACGGUCACAAGAGCGGUCGACGUGAUAGCAUGUAUCGUAUGGAAACGCUGGUAUCGCCGCCGCAAGGCCCAAGGUCGCUGGACGGCCAUAGAGGCCGUGGCUCCUGGUCUUGCUGACGCUGGAGUUUUUGCUUCCAGUGCGGCUAUAGUCAUGUGGGCCUGGUUCUAUCUUCCCGAGCGGUUACCACGGACGUACGAGAAAUGGAUUGGAGAGGUGGCAAAGGUGGAUACCCGCUUAAUCGAAGCUCUUCGUCGCGCUCGCCGUGGGACUUUUGUCUACGGCAAGGAUACAGGCCAAGCGCCGCUCCUUGAAUCCAUGUGUAGGGAUUACAAUUGGCCUGAAGAAUGGGGUGAUCCAUCUAAGGUGGCCCCCAUUCCAUGCGAAAUGGUACACAUGGGAGCCGGUCCUAAUUGCGAGAAGCACGCAGUAUCGCGCUUUGCCAGAACCUUCAGGUUUGCCUGUGCAACCUACAUUCCGCUACAGAUUGUCCUCCGCCUAAGGGGGAUGAAGUCCACGGCUGCACUGGGCCGCGCUAUUUCUGACGCUGCCCGGUCAUCUGCGUUUCUUGCUUCAUUUGUGAGCCUGUUUUACUAUUCUGUUUGUCUAGCACGGACACGGCUUGGCCCCAGAAUUUUCGACCCGAAGACCGUCACUCCGCUAAUGUGGGACUCUGGUCUCUGCGUUGGGGCAGGAUGUCUCAUGUGUGGUUGGAGUGUACUGGUUGAGAAAGCGCGGAAGAGACAGGAAUUGGCGCUCUUUGUGGCACCUCGGGCUGCGGCCACGGUGUUGCCACGGUUAUAUGAAAAGAAAUAUCAAUACCGGGAGCGCAUUGCCUUUUCCAUCAGCGCCGCCAUACUUUUUACAUGUCUCCGUGAAAAUCCACGCAUGGUCCGUGGAGUUUUCGGCCGCAUUACGACAAGUGUAUUAUUCCCCCCGUUGGGGCCUCGCACAUUCACAGUUGGGAUUCCAUCGCGAUCAAUAUACUUCCGCAAAGGCAUAUUUGAAGCUGAGAAGCGUUACUUUUCGAGGAACUCCUUCCUCCAUGCGAAACAUCAUGCCUCCUCCGCGCCGUUCAACACUCCUCAGUCGCAGCAGCGUAACAGCUCUACAUUGUACUACACCAUCAGUAUGAUCCUAGGAACUGUGGCUCUUGCCUACGGUUCCGUCCCUCUCUACAAAAUGAUCUGCCAACAAACCGGAUGGGGCGGUCAACCCAUCACCACCCACCGCGGCGGCGGUGAGGAUACAGCAUCCCGCGUGACUCCCGUAACCGACUCCCGCCGGCUCCGCAUCACAUUCAAUGGAUCUGUCUCCGAUGUUCUGCCAUGGAAGUUUACUCCACAACAACGUGAAGUCCGCGUGCUGCCGGGCGAGACUGCGCUGGCCUUCUACACCGCAACCAACAAUGGCCCCAACGAUAUCAUUGGAGUUGCAACAUACAGUGUGACUCCAGGCCAGGUUGCGCCUUAUUUCAGCAAGAUUCAGUGUUUCUGCUUUGAGGAGCAGAAGCUCAAUGCGGGCGAGUCAGUAGACAUGCCCGUAUUCUUCUUCAUUGACCCGGAUUUCGCUACGGAUCCGAAUAUGAAGGGAAUUGAUACGAUCACUCUGUCUUAUACUUUCUUCAAAGCGAAAUAUGAUGAUAACGGGGUGUUGAAACCAAUCGCCUCGUGA